AUGUCACUAAUUCAUCCUCAUAAUCCCAUUAAUCUGCCUUGCUACAUUUAUGAAAAUCAUGUGGUUCGGAUCGAAUUAGAUCCAGAUUGCAUUCUAAUCCACUACCUUUUAUAUGUAGGGACUUCUCUUUUAGGAUCAUCUGGAAACUG